AUGUAUGCGCGUCUAGGACCUCAAACACCCUACAAAAGCAGGCCUCGCGUCACCAUACCACUGGAGGCAUACUCUGAGCCCUCGAGCUCACCUGUUCUACGAAGACGUGCUGCUCACCCACCAGCGGUGCAGGGUGGUAAACCUCCCUCGCGUACAGCCCCUCUGGGCUCUAUCAGUAGGCGUCUGGAUGACAUGCUCUCCACACCUUUCAGCUCUCGUAUCGUUAAAUAUGAACCCCCGCGAGGGUUCAUCGUCCCGAAAUUCUCCGCAUAUGAUGGAUCCAGUGAUCCCUUUGAUCAUAUAAUGCAUUAUCGGCAGCUCAUGACCCUUGACAUGGGGAAUGAUAUGCUAUUGUGCAAGGUUUUCCCAGCCAGUCUCAAAGGCCAGGCUCUUUCAUGGUUCCACCGACUGCCCCCAGACAUAAUCAGAAUAUCAGCACCCUCCAAAACCUCAAAAUGCAAGAAAAAUGAAACUUUGAGAGAGUUCGUUAAGCGUUUCGGGCAAGCUGUUCUACAAGUCGAAUCGUGCAGCAUGGACGCAAUCCUCCAAAUUUUUAAGCGGAGUAUAUGCCCAGGGACCCCCUUCUUCGAGUCCCUCGCUAAAAAACCUCCCACAACCAUGGACGAGUUAUUCCGACGUGCGAAUAAAUACUCCAUGCUAGAGGACGACAUCCGUGCCGCUGUACAGCCGGUCCUGGUGACUGGCCAAACCACUAAAAACGAAGCCACCAGAAGCUUCAAAACACCCAACCAUCCUGGAACAUCCAACUGGAGAUGGCCGGUGCCAAUACGAUCUAACCCUUCAGAAAGGGACCGCAACAAAAGAUGCGAAUACCACAAAGAUCAUGGGCACACGACUGAAGCAUGUAUAAGCCUCCGUUAUAUGGUGGAGGAUCUUCUGAAGGCAGGUCACUUGAAACAAUAUAUUCGACCAACCCCUCAAGGUGAAGAAUCUCCCCAUAAUCGAGGCCCACGCGCCCCAGCAGCUCCUGUUAGGACAAUGAUCAACGACAUAUACGGAGGACCCAUGGAUGACGAAUACAAUUCCAAAAGGAAAAGACAGAGACUGUUGCGAGCAGCCACGGUUCGGGAACACGUGAGCUCCAUCCGACCAGGGUUAGCCGCUGGGAGCACCCCUCCCAUAGAUGGAACCAUUGUCUUCCCCACUAUAGAUCCAACCCGAGUGCUGCAACUGCACCGAGAUGCUCUCGUCUUAACAGUAGGGGUGGGAGACUACGACGUGAAAAGAAUCCUAAUCGACCCAGGCAGCUCUGCAGACUUGUUGCAGGUGGCAGUCAUCAAACGAAUGGGCUUCGAACCCUCCAGCUUAGAAAAUCCCGGAAAAACCUUGUCCGGAUUUAAUGGUUCCUCCACAACUUCACUCGGAGAUGUAAUACUGCCGGUUUAUGCUGGGCCCGUCAUCCUAAACGUUCUAUUUUCUGUGGUUGAAGAUUUAUCUCCUUUUAAUGCCAUCUUGGGGCGUACGUGGUUACAUGGGAUGAAAGCCAUUCCAUCCACAUAUCAUCAAAGGGUCAGUUUCAUUACCCGCGAUGGGCAAGUUAAUCUCCACGGAAGCCAGCUUGCUGCUCGACAAUGUUAUCAGAUUGCUCGCGAAGCUGGACCCAGCACCAACAGCGAGCAUUCCUCCAAAGAAGCAACUGCUUCUGACCAAUAG